CAGGCAAAUAUGAAGAGCUAUAAAAAGGCAGGGGGGAACGGCGUCGAGUUCAUCGCAUUGACCGGCACAGAUCGACAAGUUUGAGAGAUUUACCUAAGGAAGUGUCCUGUGACAAUGAAGUUGUUGCUGUUGGCUUUAAGCGUUGCCUUGUUGUUCACCGCAGGCAGCGCCCUCGACUGCCAUCGCUGUGUCCCCAACAAGGCGGGAGAAAAUUGCACGGCCAUCGUGGAGACUUGCAAACCUGAAAAAGACGGCUGCGCGGCCGCCAGGUUCCAGAGAGCGCCAUACGGCCACUACCAAAAAUGCAUGAAACUGUCGGAUUGUGAGUUGCUGAAGAUGAACGCGUUCAUCGACAUUUCGUGUUGCAACAGCGACAUGUGCAACGCCUCGUGAAGACGACAAAUACCACUUUUAGUCGGGUUGCAACUAAAUGACACUCUUUGUGUGCUCAUGGAAAGCAUCUGAAAUAAAGACUUGAACAUUA